AUGGCGGCUGCGGCAAACGAUUUCGAGCCGUGGUUAUCUGAUAAAUUAAAAUCACUUAAAACCGAUGAAGGUAUAUUUGGAUCAUACAUUUCAGGUAUUCUUGAAAGUGAAGAAAGUACCGAUGAAAAAAAAGAUGCAUUGGAAGGUAUACUAUCCGAAAUUGUGGAAAAAGAUAUAUCUAUUCAUGUAAAUGAAAUAAUUGAAAAAUGGGAAUCUACUAAACCAAAGGAAGCAGCUUCUAAACCAUCGACAGAUGUCGAUGCACAAUUAGCGAAGUUGCUUGAAUCACAGGCACCUGCAGCUACUGCACGCCGAGAGUAUACCGAUGAAGAGAAAAAGAUACGAGAAGCCAUAUUAUCCCAAUAUAGUCAGCUAUCAGAUAAUGAGGAAGACGAGGUGCAUGAUGAGAUAUCUGACAAUCAUGAUUUAGUAAAGAAUACAAAUGCAGCUGAUGUUGCAGCAGCUGCUCGUGAACGCCGUGAACAAGCUCGUUUAGAGGCUCAGCGAAAAAAAGAAAAGGACAAAGAAGACAGGGAAAAACAGAAACAAAUGAAAGAGGAGAAGAAAGAAAAACGUAAAACACAAAAAGGCGAGAGAAAGAGGUAG